AAUAUCGCAAGACCAGGGGCGUUACUCUGUAAUGCGAUACGAAUAUGAAAAUGUUCGCAUCUUCAAUUUUGGUACUCUGUAAUUCGACAAUCGCAGUAAAUUUUGAAGUUUUCGAAUUUAGUUUUUCCCUUUCGCAUUCAGUUUUUCCCUUUCGCAUUAGCGGUACUCUGCUUUGCUAAAGCAAUUGUCAAACAUGCGUUAUAUUCGUAAUUUUUGUGCUACAAGUAUAAAGAAGUCGCAUUGCUUGAAAAUGGAAGCACCGAAAAUAAAACAACAAACUCAACCAAAGCAAUUUCAAAUUCUCGUGGAUUUCAUGAAGGCGCAUCCCGAUUUAUCGAAAGGAUCACUAAAAACACCAGACGCCAAAAAUACCUCCAAUAAUUUAUGGAAAAAUUUAGUUUCCCAUUUAAACGCAGCUGGGCCACCAUUGCGCGACAUUGCGGGGUGGAAAAAGGUUUGGGCAGACUAUAAGAUUCACUUAAAGGCAAAAAUGCGACGAAACAAAAAUAAUAUUUCGGGAACUGGAGGUGGUCCCUCACUUUUCAUACCCUUAUCACAGUUAGAGCAACAAGUGAGUGAGUUAUUGUCAAUAGAGGAAUCAAUAAAUGGAAUGAGUGGUACUUUGUCAUUCGGUGCAGCUACAAGCAGCAUGUCGGAGGUAAAUGCCGACCCUACCGAACAAAAUACACAAAACAGGGAACUACCACAAUGCAGCAGACUCUGCUUGAACAACAAGUCGAAAACCAAAUUAUAUUCCACAAUAACUCGAUUAAAGUGUUAAACGAUAUAAAUUUUAAUAUAAAAAACAUUUUUAAAACAUUGAAAAAAAGAAAUAAAUUAUA